AUGCUGUUGCUACUAGUCCGAUAUCGAUAUGUCCAUGAAACAGACCGCGUUGUUCAGGCGCACCACAGCCGCCGGCAGCCCUCCCAAGAUGAUUGGCCCUCCUUAUCCCCAACCGGGCCGAGUACCCCGCCGCCAUCGGAUGAUACUAUGCUGGAAACAAGCAUAUCCCCGAGAGUCAUUCAGCCGGUCCCCGCAAUCGCUGAGUCGUCGGCGACAUUCCAUACCUCUCCAAGCUCGGCCCCGCUACCCCCGGAAACGGCACCUAAUUUACCUCCAAAAACGCCUUGCAGCCCUUCCACUCGCUGCUGGUCGUUCAAAAAUGCCACUGAGGUUUUGCUCUUCCAGCACUUCACGCGAUGCCUCUCCUCAUUUUUCGACCUCUGCGACCCGGACCACCACUUCGCCAUCCAAAUCCCAGUCCGAGCCCGGCUCUACCCCCCAUUGAUGGAUGCAAUUUUAGCCCUCUCCGCCCGCCACAUGAGCCUUGUUGGCAAGGAAGUGGACUCUAUCCUAGCUAGUCAUUACUACCAACGAUGUCUGAGCAUUCUAAUACCCGAACUCGACAGUGUCCACCAUGACUGCGUGGACGACCUUCUCGCGGCAACGAUAAUCCUCAGACUGCACGAAGAACUCGACGGCCCAUUUUCAGGAUCAGAAACAACAUACCGCCACAGCAUAGGCACGCGAGCUCUACUCCAAACCCAAGCUUCACAAGUCUCGUCCGUCUCUGGCCUCCGCCGUGCCGCCUUUUGGGCGGGGUUGCGGCAGGAGAUCUAUGCAUCAAUUAAGCGGCAUCGCCCACCUGCCAUUAGAGCCUCUGCUGAGAUGCUGGCACAUCUUGGGCCUUUGGCAAUGGAUAGUGCGUGGGCGGAGAGUGCGGUUAGUCAUUGUUUGGAUGUUCUGGAUUUCUGCUUCGGGGAUGAAAGUAUGAAUGCGGAUCUUUAUGAUACUUUAUGUGAGAGAAUUAUGCGAUGGGAAGUUGAGCGGCCCGCAUCGUAUGACCCGCUUUGUUUUGAGGUUCGGAUAGAUCCUAACGAUGAGACGAAUUCGUCUUGGGAUGUAAGGUAUCACGGGGACUGGCACGCGAGUGCGUGGGCAUAUAUCUCACUUGCAGGUAUUCUCUUGGCCAUCCAAAAUCCCCGCCAACCACGUGUCGGACUGAAUCGGGUCUCGGCGUGGAAGAAUGUGCUCAAAGAGGUCCACUCAAAAAUCAAACUCCUUUGUUCGAUUGCUCAAUGUAGAGCUGAAACUCCGGGACCCUCACUUGUGGCCUGCAUGGCUGUAUGGCUUGCGGGUGACAUGGUUGAGGAUCCGCGCGAGAGGAAAAGAGUGCUGGAGCUGUUGGCGACAACGGAGGCGGUACAUGGCUGGCCGACGCAGGAUAUUUGCACGGAGCUUGUGGGCCUUUGGGAGGGCUAG